AUGGAUUCCGAAUAUUACAAGGUGGAUGUGGUUCACUACGUGAAUCCCCAUUUGAUUUGGGUGGUAACUCGAAAGCAGGGUGAUGAAUCGAAGUUUAUCUUCGAACAAAUCGGUCUGUAUGGUGUUUUGCCACAAAAUGUGACUAUUGACAUAGAUUGUGUGUUAAAAACGGAAGUCAGUGAGGACUGGCUGCCGGCAGCUGUGGUGGCGAUGACCAAAUCUUUCCACGACGCCUCUGAAGUCUGGUUCUCCCCUACCUUCAUAGAUAAAAAGUCAUCUAUCUUCGACGACAACACCCAUAAGUUUGGCGACAUAUGCAUCUUCAAAAAAGAUGGCAAGACCAUCAAUUUGUCAGACGAAGUAGUCCAGUCCGGCUUUGCUUAUGCCGACGAGCAUAUAUUCCACCAGAAGUUGGUUACGAAUAACCUUAAAACCAAACUUGGUUAUGUCGCCGAACACGACGUCAUCAAGAAGUUGAAAGAAGGAUUUAUAACAAGAACGAUACCGGAGAAAAUUUGGCUGCUCGUCCUCCGAAAACAAACGUUAGUUUUCGAAGAAGCCCAAGAGUUAGAAGAGGCGAUAAAGAACCGCAAAAUUGCUCUUCAAAGCCAUGAAACUGUUGAAAGUGUUUUGAAGAACAAGAUGAACGAUUUGAAGCUCUGCAAGGACGUUGAUGAGGUUUCUGCUGGUCGUGCGAAUACUCUGAGGCGUUUUAGACCUACUGCUGAGAGUAUCAAUGAUACCAGUGUCAAUGUCAACCGGAAAAACAAGUUUGAGUGGUUGGCACAGAAAGCAAAGGAAAAUAGAAAACGGGGCAAUGGGUCCGAAUGUAACACGACUUUCUCCGACGACGAAACCAACGUGAACCCUGAAGGGAAGAAGCAUCAUGUUCCCAAUCGCUUCAUGAAUACAAAUAAUCGUAAUGUUAGAAAUAAUAACGAGAAUAAUCGUGAUAACAGAAAUGACAAUUAUCCCUCCCGAAAAUCGGAAGCCUCACAAUUUUCCUCUAGCAGUGUUUGUCGUGAUUUCCGACGCAAUUCAUUUAAUGAUGGCGAUGACCAAAAUUGUGAUCAAAAUAACCAGACACAUCGUCAGAAUAACUAUCGCGUCACCCAAACCAAUUAUCGCAAUAACACGAACAACUAUCGCAACAACACGAACAACCAUCGCAACAACUCGAAUAACUAUCGCAACAACUCGAAUAACUAUCGCAACAACUCCAACAACUAUCGUAAUAACCAGAAUAACGAACAUAAUAACCAGGACAACGAUGGGAACAAUCAAAAUUACAAUCGUAACCGGGACUUAGCUCGAAAACCACAGAAGGUCGCUGGUCAAGAAGUACGGAACAUCGCCUACGGUCCUGCUGGGCUGUCGCAUACCAAGUUCAUGAUUAAACCUCGUUCAGCAGAUGAAGAAGAAAGAAGAAAAGAAACAGAAGAGAAGAAUAUGUGUGCAAACACAACCCCUGAGGUAAAUUCUAUAUUAUCUAACUCGAAAACUGUAACGCAAUGUACACAAAACAAUGUUGAUAUUGUAACUCAACCCGAUACCUCUCGGAACAAGGCUUUCGAACUUUUAAAACGCAAACGUGAGAUUUUGGCGCAACGCAAGAAACUUACUACUGUUUUUCCUAAGCCUGAUAAUAAUAAUGACUUUGACGACGAUAUGUCGGUCCUAGAUCAAGAAUUACGUGAAACAUACAAAAAACACGAUAAACCAAUUGAUAACGUUGAAAUUGUAGGUGGACGCGCACAAAAACCUAAUGUAAAUCCGUACAGAAAUUUGGACGGUACUAUUUCCGUGUUUGUAGAUAAGUUAACCACGCCAGUUCUUAUGGUGCACACUAAGAAAGGGAAUCACGUGCAGCCAGUGACUAAUUUGAGAGACAUACCGUUCGGUAACAACAUUCAUUGUGUGCUACGUGAUAUGCAGAUCACGAGACCUAUGAAAACGCAGACGGUGUCUUGGAUGUCCAUACUACGUGGACACAGCUUCUUUGUCGUUAGUCCCCAUAAAAGUGGAAACACAAUGGGGUAUUUACCAGCCGUGUGCCGUUUAACCGGUGAUUAUAAAGAAUCUAAGGACAAAUGUCAAUUGAGGUGUAUUAUCGUUUGUGCUACCGCUCGUUCUUUGCAACAUGUCCAAAAUAUGUGUAAAAUCCUCGUUCACAACUUAAAAGUCUUUGCAUGCCACGCUGGUAUGUCUGAUUUGUUCAUUACCACCUCUCUUCUAAAUGGUUGCGAUAUUCUCGUAUGCACCCCUUCUAUGCUAGUACGUCUUAUUCAAAAAGACCUAAGUCUUGAUCUUCAUUAUAUUUCGACGUUUGUUAUAGACGAUUGCGAGUAUAUAUCGAAAUUCUAUUCUAAAGAGAUCAAGUUCUGCGUGAUGAAAGUAUUCGAUGUCGUUAAGAAGCGGCCGCAUAGAGAAUGGAAGUGUCAGUUUAUAGCUGUCUCGCGAAUUUGGUGCGAUUUCAUGUCGACUCUAGCUAAGAAAGCCCCUGACUCCAUAGUGUGCAUCUCCGCCUUUGAAGAGUGCGUACUAUACUCGAAAGCUGCUACUAGCGUAGAGUUCCUCGCCGAAGAGAAAAAAAUUGCUUCAGUAAUCAAAUUUUUACAAGACAUUGAUAAAUCUAAAAAAACGGUUAUUGUAUGUAAAUCAGAUCAUGAAGUAAAAUUUAUUGCUGACACUCUGAUUAGUCUAAAACAUAUAGUAUUCUCAUGUGAUAGUACGAUGACAGUAGAAGAUUUGUACGCUUUAGACAAGGCGCUUAAAGAGUAUCAAGAACCGGUGUUAGGUCCUAUUUUAGUCUGUUGUGACGGAAAUUUGAUUCAUUUGAACGUGUCGGACGCUCAUUAUUUGAUCCAAUAUUCUUUGCCCAAAUUGUUUUCAAUGUUCUGUAAUAGAUUUGCUGUAUUAAAUGAGAACUAUAGGUCUGUUUUCAAUGAGGAAGAAAGUAAUAAAAAUUAA